AUGCUGAAGGACUACUACGCUAUUCUCGAUGUGCUGCCCCGCGCCUCCGGCGAGGAGAUUCGCCGCGCCUUCAAGCGUCUGGCGCUCCAGUUCCAUCCGGACAAGACGGGCGGUGGCGCGGCGACAGAGGUGACCUCCACAGUAGACGCUGACAAGCACCGCGUUGCCACAAAGAGAGAUGAGCAUGCAUCAGCCAACGCAGGCGUUGCGCACUCAAAUGCAGCGGGGGCCUCGUGCCAUCCACUCUCGAGGGACUUCACAGACAUUCAAGAGGCCUACGAAGUCUUGGGUGACGUUGCGCGGCGCUAUCUGUAUGACAUGAACUACCAAGAGCUGUUGGCCGCACAGCAGCAACGUCAGCAGGAAGAGCAAAAGCGCUGCGUCGCCCACGCACGGGCUGUGGCGGAGGCAGCUCGGCAGGCCCGCGAGCGUGAGCGCUUGCAACAGCAGCAGCAACAGAGCCCUCAACCGCGCAACAUCAACACAUUUCCCACGCUGGAAUCCAGCAUCGCCGCCGGGGGCUUUGGCACCCAUGCCCCUGGCCCCUCUCCUCCUCAGCACGCCGCACACCCUAGUCUCGGGCGAUUAGCGGAGGAAACCGGUAUCGCUUCGCCUACCCUGUCACCCGACGAUGCGCCUCAGCGCAGGCGACCGUUUCAGAACCUGGCGCCAGCUGAGAAAGAGAAGGACGGAGACUGCUCGCUAAGAGAUCUUGAGUGCGACUCGAGUGGUGGCGGUGGGCUGUCGCAGGCUCGUUGCUGUUUCACCGCACCGACCCGACCACGCGAGGUCGGUAGCCGCCCCAGGGAGUGCCGAGCAAAAAGACAAGAGUGCGAGCGUGAUACGAACGAGCGUCUCACUUCGAGCCAGACGCAGAGACGCCUCAGCUGUGCCGACACCAAGCGCGCACGACAGCACAUGGCAGCAGCCGCGCCGGCUAUAUUUGUGCUGUCGAGUUCCGUGCCGUUCAGUUGGGGUAAGACGGCCGCGCAGACGUGCCCGUCUGUAGUCGAGCCCUGCGGUUCACGUGGGAGGCGGUGGCACCGUCACACUGCGCCGCGCAACGGCGGGGAGACUGAAGAGCCCGAGCUACCAAUGGAGUACUACUAUCAGCGCUCUAUCGAACGGACUCUGCGCGUGUUCUUCAGCGUGCCUCAUGCAGAGUGA